GCGUUCUUACGUUUCACGUUGCUACAACUAAUAUCUCAUCACGCGUACAGAAAUUUUAAGACCAUACAGUAUUAUUUGCAAUUGGUGCUACAUAUGAGUUUCGAAGUUAUUGUUGCUCUAGGCGAUUUGGUUUUACUUACAACUGAUAAAAGUGAUCUAAAGUGCAAAAUUUUCAUCGAAAACAAAUUCAUACUAGCUUAUGCCACUCCUGUGCAGCACGGAUCCUCGAACAUUUCUCUUCAAUACAUUUUAAAUGCUAUUGUGGCCAGUAAUCAAGCAAACAACCAAAUGUCUACUCCAAACAAUGUUCAAAAAAGAAGUAUAAUUUAA